AAAAUUUUGUGCUACGACAACAACUACAACUAUGAUAUGCCCGAAACGUGUAUGAGUGCAACAGUGUAAACUAAUGCGUAGAUUAACAAAUAAAAAACGCACAGUGUUUUUAGGGCGGAUGCACAAAAUGUUUAUAGAUUUUUGCAAGUGUGUCCCGUUGAGGAGAAAUAAUGUAAACUAAAUGCAGGGCGCCGCUAACAGCAGACCAACAGCAACUACAGCAAGAGUAACAGCAACAACAACAGUAGCAAGAACUAAUUUUUGUUGGAAUAACAUUCAUUGUUUCCAGUAAGAAACUAAUCAAAACGAAAAAGUUUUCGUUUACCAACACACAUACAGAAAGACAGACAGACAGAGAGAGGUGGCGACACAAGAAGAAGAGGAAGUAGAAGAAGCCGACGACCAACAGUGCCUCAAAUGUACAUUUGGCUACAAAAUCAAACAUAAUUAACUCAUUUAACAACAAAAGCAACAACGGUGGAAACAGAAGAAGAAGAAGUGCCUCUGCUCUCUUUGUCUUUCUCCUAGGACUGCCAUAGCCAAUAGUCAAAAUAGUCAAAAGCCAAAGCCGCCCAGCGUAGACUCUUUCUAUACAAUUACAGGUAAAACACAAUCAGCUAAUAAGACAACUAGCAGAGAAGAAGAAACAAUAACGGGGCUUUUGAUUUGUGAGUUGAACGCUGGUGCUGCAGCCACAGGGCGAAACCACGACAACAACAAUGACAUUCGAUACGCGCCGGGCACAAGGCAACACAGGCACAGGCCAAGCCACAACCAACAACAGCAGCAAUAACAGUAAUAAUCCAGCUGCAACAACGGGCAUAACGAGCACAGCUCAAACGGGAACAGGAACAGUCACGGGAUCAGUCACUGUGCCAGCAACAGCAGUCACAAUAACAACCACAACAUCAACAGCAGCAAUAACCGCGGCAACAACGACAACAACGAAUAUGAUGUCCAGUGGCAUUGGUGGCGACUCCAACAACAGCACCACCAACAGUCAGGAACAUCUCCAAGCUACGGAGGCGACAACAGCAGCAGCUGCAGCAGCAGCCGUCGUGGAUACCAGUGAGACGACUGUGUCACCGGAAAAGCUGAUAGCGUCAUUUCCAACGACAAAACUGCGCUCGCUGACACAGAAGAUAUCGAAUCCGCGUUGGGUGGUUCCCGUGCUGCCCGAACAGGAGCUGGAGGUGCUGUUAAAUGCCGCUAUCGAAUUGGCCCAAGCUGGUGCCGAUCAUGACUGUGAACCAUGCGUGGAAUUUUAUCGCAAUGGUUUGACUACAUCGUUUGCCAAAAUCCUCACCGAUGAGGCGGUCAAUUCAUGGAAAUAUAAUAUCCAUCAUUGCAUUUUGGUGUCUUGUGGCAAAUUGUUGCAUCUGAUUGCGAUACAUAUGCAACGUGAUAAUCCCUAUUUGCUUGAUCUACUGGCGAUUGUCUUCGAUCCGGAUAAUAAGUUCAAUACGUUUAAUGGCGCCCGUCAACCGGAGUGUUUUGCGGCGCCCGAAUGCAUUUGGGGUGUGCUCGAUAGCAAUAAGAUGUUUGCCAAAUCGCCGGCAGAACCAAAACCGCCACGUGGUUGGCUCGUCGAUCUCAUUAAUCGCUUCGGCCAGUUGGGCGGCUUUGAUAAUCUCCUCGAGCGUUUCAAUAGCGGUUUGGAGUUGCUAAGGCGCCAUCAAUCCUCAGCCACAAAUAAGGUGAAAGUGGAGACGGAGAAUGCCGGUGGACAGGAUAAUCGUUUGACGUUGGCGCUGAUACACAGCCUGCUGCGCCCAUUUGGUCAGUGCUAUGAACUCUUAACGCCAGCUACGAUUGCCAAGUACUUUAUGCCCACUUGGAAUGUGGUCUUGGAUCUGCUCGACAGUUUCACGGAUGAGGAACUGAAGCGGGAGGUGAAGCCCGAGGGACGAAACGAUUAUAUCAAUGGUAUUGUGAAGUCGGCCCGCUUUCUCGCCAGCCGUUUGUCUGGUCAAGAGGAAUUGAUACGUGAUCUGGAAAUGUUUCGCCUGAAGAUGAUAUUACGUCUGCUGCAAGUGUCCAGUUUCAAUGGCAAAAUGAAUGCACUGAAUGAGAUUAAUAAAGUGCUCUCCUCCGUCGCUUACUAUUCGCAUCGAUCGCAACCGUUGCCCCACAAUCUGCCCGAGGAUGAAAUGGAUUGGUUGACAGCGGAGCGCAUGGCCCAGUGGAUCAAGUCAUCCGAUGUGCUGGGUAUUGUGCUCAAGGACUCACUGCAUCAGCCCCAGUAUGUGGAGAAGCUGGAGAAGAUUAUACGUUUUCUGAUCAAGGAGCAGGCGCUAACGCUCGACGAUUUGGAUGCAGUGUGGCGUGCACAGGCGGGCAAACAUGAGGCAAUCGUUAAGAAUAUGCACGAUCUGUUAGCCAAGUUAGCCUGGGAUUUUACGCCCGAGCAGCUCGAUCAUCUCUUCGAGGCAUUUCAGGCCAGCAUGACGACGGCGAAUAAGCGUCAGAGGGAACGUUUGCUGGAGCUAAUACGCCGUCUCGCCGAGGACGAUAAGAAUGGCGUGAUGGCGCAGAAGGUGCUGAAGCUCUUCUGGACGCUCGCCCACUCGCAGGAAGUGCCGCCCGAGGUGCUCGAUCAGGCGUUGGGCGCCCACGUCAAAAUACUCGACUACAGUUGCUCGCAGGAGCGAGAUGCCCAGAAGACCAUUUGGCUGGACAAGUGCGUCGGUGAACUUAAAUCCGGUGAUUCUUGGGUUUUGCCCGCUUUGCGUUUAAUUCGCGAUAUUUGCUGUUUGUACGAUAUGACGCCGAAUCAUGCGCCACGCACCCAGACGGGCACUAAUCGGCUCCAGGUCAUUGAACGACUCCAAAAUGAUUAUUCGUUGGUGAUCCUCGUCACAAAUAGUUUGACGGCGUAUAUGGAAAAGGUGCGCUCCUUGGUCAAUGAGACGCCCACCUUGGAUGCGGCAACAAUUCUGAUCGAUGGCCGUUUUCCGCAUCAUGCACAGAUUGCGGAACGUUUGGAGUUCCUGAAAUUUUUGCUAAAGGAUGGUCAGCUCUGGCUCUGUGCCGAUCAGGCGAAACAAAUUUGGCAUUGUUUGGCUGUGAAUGCCGUUUUUACGGCAGAUCGUGAGGAAUGUUUCCGCUGGUUCGGCAAACUGAUGGGCGAGGAACCGGAUCUCGAUCCCGGAAUCAAUAAGGAUUUCUUUGAGAAUAACAUACUGCAAUUGGAUCCACAUUUGCUCACAGAGAGUGGCAUCAAGUGUUUUGAGCGUUUCUUCAAGGCUGUCAAUUCCAAGGAGGAUAAGCUGAAGGCCAUUCAUCGUGGUUAUAUCUUGGAUAAUGAGGAUUUGAUUGGCAAGGAUUAUUUGUGGCGUGUCAUAACUACAGGUGGCGAAGAGAUUGCCAACAAGGCCAUCGAUCUGCUCAAAGAGGUUUCCACGGCGUUGGGGCCACGUUUGCAGGAGCAUAUCACCGAAUUCCACGAGAUGUUCAUUGGCGAAUGUUGUUCCCGUUUGCGCACUCAUUAUAGCAAUAUCCUGAUAUUGGGCAAAACCAUGCUCGUCGAGGAUAAUGCCGAGAAUAAUGCGGCCAAUGAUGAGUCCAAGGACAGUAAAAUGCGUUAUAUUGAGGCGGAGAAAAUGUGUCGCAUCAUCAAGGUGCUGCAGGAGUACAUUAAGGAAUGUGAUCGUUCCUUUAGCGGUGAUCGCAUUCAUUUGCCCCUGAGUCGUGUGACGCGUGGCAAGAACACUAGUCUCUACAUACGUUUCCAGACGCCCGGACGACCCAUCGAUGACCUCGAAAUUGUUACGCAUAGCAAUGAAACAAUGGCCGCAUUCAAGCGUAAUCUUCUCAAGCGCAUCAAGGGCAAUAAUAGUUCCUCCUCAUCGACGACCAACUCGAAUGCGACGACCAACAUCAAAGUGGAUCUCUUCUAUACGAAUGGUGAACUGAUCGAAAUCACCGAUGAAAUCAACCCACUCUAUCAAUACACCAUACGCGACAAGAUGAUAUUGACGGCGAAGUUGACACCAGUGGGCAUUGGCCUCGCCAGCAGUCCCGAUUCAUCGAGCGAUUCGAGCACUGGUUCACCACCCAGACCCUGUCCGGAUAUGCAACGUGUCGAAUCGGAGUCGACGCUGCCCGGUGUGAUUAUCUCCCAGAACUAUCAAUACACCGAAUUCUUUCUCAAACUGUAUCAGCUGGGUAGUGAUCUAGAGCAUGGUCGUCUGCGGGAUAGCGCCAAGGUGCUGUUGCAUCUGUUGCCCUGCGAUCGACACACAAUGCGACAGCUGCAACUGAUGUGUCGUGUGCCCAAGUCAACCGCCAGCACCGGUGAUGGACCCAAGGAACCGGAGGAUGUCGGCGGUGAUGCUGCUCUCAACGCUGAUGAUUGCACGCCGGAGCAAAUGUUUCUGCACCCGGCGCCAGCGCAGGUGCUCUACAAUUUGAGUGUGCUCCAUGGCCUGCUAAUACCCGCUUUGGAUCCACUCGGGGAGGCAGCACUCCAAGUGCAAUCUUCGUGGAUGCAUUCGGGCUGUGCGCAUUUUGUGCUGGAAUUGCUGACGAAAAACAAUUUUCUGCCCAAUGCCGAUAUGCAUACGAAGCGCGCCUCGUUCCAGGGUGUGCUGCGACUGGCCAAACUCUUCCUCUACAUUGUGGGCAGUGUGUUGUCGCGUGUCGGCGAUGAGCCCAUGAUUUGUGACUAUGAUAAUGGCGCCCGGUCUCAGGUGGAUAUACUCAAACAGAACUUUUCCACAAUGCCGAAUAAUGCACAGGGCACGUUGCAUGCAAUUUCCGCCAAGCUGGCGGAGAUUCUCGCCACCGAGAUGCUUUCCGCGAGUCACGAAGGUGAACGUUGUCGUGCCUUGUUUAGUUCAACGUUGCAAUGGUCCUGUCCAGAUAUUAGCACCAUUAAAGCGGUCGUCCAAUUGGCCUGGGCCUCAUCGUGUGGCAACUUGCAGGCGCUGGGCAGUUGCAGCAAUAAUAGCAACAAAAGCGCCGACUUCGAGGAUGAUGCCAUUGUGCCGGAUGGUCAGGAUUUUAGCAUGUGCAAGGAGGCACUCGAAGUGAUGACCAUUUCCUUCAUACUCAAUCCCAGUGCAAAUGAGGCGCUGAGUAACGAUGCCAAUUGGCCUAAGUUUAUUACAUCCAUUGUGCUGAAGAAUCCGAUGCGACAUGUGCGUCAAGUUGCCUCCGAACAAUUGUUUUUGGCCUCCACUUAUUGUGCCGGGGAUCGUCGUCCCUUUGUCUAUAUGGUCAAUUUGUUGGUGAGCGCGUUGAAAACGUUGGUGCCACAAUAUGAGGCAACGUGUGCGGAGUUCUUUUCGAUACUGUGUCGGACUUUGGCCUACGGCUGCAUCUACAAUUGGCCACUGCAAAUUGGCGAACAUUUGCUCGGUGAUGAGAUUAAAUGGUUGCGUAAAAUACGCGAGAAUGUCAAAAUCACUGGCGAUACUCAGGUGCACGAGGAGUUGUUGGAGGGUCAUCUGUGUCUGGCCAAGGAGUUGAUGUUCUUCCUCAUGCCCGAUUCUAAGGCACAGCUGAAUGAACUUAUCCAUGAGCUCAUCGAUGACUUUCUGUUUACGGCCUCGCGCGAAUAUCUGCAUUUACGCAAGCAUGGCAGUCUGCGAAUGGACACCGUGCCACCUCCCGUCUGCCGCAGUCCGCAUACAAUUGCGGCCGCUUGUGAUCUCCUCAUCGCUCUGUGCCAGCUCUGUGUUCCUAAUAUGAAGCUACUCACCAACACACUCAUCGAUUUCGUUUGCACGGAUACGGAUCCGUUGCGCGAAUGGGAUUAUUGGCCGCCGGUUGGAGCACGGGCAGCGAAAGGUUUCUGUGGCCUGAAGAAUGCGGGUGCCACAUGCUACAUGAACUCGGUGCUGCAACAGCUGUAUAUGGUGCCCGCUGUGCGUGUGGGUAUCCUCAAGGCGCACGGUGCCGCCACCAAUGACAACGAAGACUUUAGCGGCGACUCCGAUUUAAAUAGCAGCGGCAACAACAGCAGUGGCGCCAAUCUGGGCCCCUCGUUCUUUGGACCCGCCCCAAUGCCCACGCUUGCAUCAACAUCAUCGGCGGCAUCGACGUCCCUGGAUGAUGCCACUGGUGGUGCCUCCGAUGUGCGCAAAAAUUACCAUGUGGUCAUCUUAAAGCAUGUGCAGGCCAUAUUCGCCCACUUGGGGCACAGUGCGUUGCAGUUUUAUGUGCCACGCGGCCUCUGGACGCACUUCAAAUUACAAGGCGAGCCAGUGAAUUUACGCGAACAACAGGAUGCCGUUGAGUUCUUCAUGUCGCUGUUCGAGAGCCUCGAUGAGGGUCUGAAGGCGUUGGGCUACACGCAACUGAUGAAUGCAACGUUGGGCGGCUCGUUUAGCGAUCAGAAGAUAUGCCAAGAGUGCCCACAUCGCUACUCCAAAGAGGAACCAUUUAGCGUAUUUAGUGUUGAUAUUAGGAAUCAUAGCUCAUUAACCGAAUCUCUGGAGCAGUAUGUCAAGGGAGAGCUGCUCGAGGGAGCUGAUGCAUACCAUUGUGAUAAAUGUGAUAAAAAAGUAGUUACCAUUAAGCGGCUAUGCGUGAAGAAACUGCCGCCCGUGUUAGCCAUACAAUUGAAACGCUUUGAAUACGACUACGAGCGCGUUUGUGCGAUUAAGUUUAAUGAUUAUUUUGAAUUUCCGCGUAUACUCGAUAUGGAGCCCUACACAGUUUCCGGCCUAGCUAAGCUAGAGGGCGAAGUUGUGGAAGUGGGUGAUAAUUGUCAAACAAGUGUUGAAACAACAAAAUACGAACUGACCGGCAUUGUGGUGCACAGCGGGCAGGCAUCCGGUGGCCACUACUUCAGCUACAUAGUCUCCAAAAAUCCUGCGAAUGGCAAGUGUCAGUGGUACAAGUUCGAUGAUGGCGAGGUAACCGAAUGCAAAAUGCACGAGGAUGAGGAAAUGAAAUUACAAUGCUUCGGCGGCGACUAUAUGGGCGAGAUCUACGACAACAAUCUGAAGCGGAUGCAAUAUCGCCGUCAGAAGCGCUGGUGGAAUGCCUAUAUGCUAUUUUAUACGCGCUGCGAUCAGAAUCCCAAACAGUUUGAGACCAGCGUCGAGCAGUUGUCGCUAACCGAGAGUCGCAAUGUGGUGCUGCCGCUACCAAAGCCAAUCGAACGCAGCGUUAGACAUCAGAAUAUUCGUUUUCUGCAUUCGCGCAGCAUUUUCUCGGUGGAGUUUUUCAAUUUCAUUAAAAAGCUGGUCAGUUGCAGUAUUCCUUCGACGCGCAGCGAUAAGAUUACACCCGCUGCUGAGGAGCUAUCGCUGCUGGGCGUGCAAUUGGCAUCACAAUUUUUGUUCCACACUGGAUUUCGCACAAGGAAAUCGCUGCGUGGUCCCGUCAUCGAAUGGUAUGACACGCUUUCACAUCACAUACGUUCCUCGUCGCUGGUGCGCAAAUGGUUUGCGAAUCAUGCGCUGCUCUCGCCCCCAUCGCGUUUGGGCGAAUAUAUAUUGAUGGCACCAUCGCCAGAGGUGCGCACCGUGUUCGUCAAGCUGGUUGUGUUCUUUUGCCAUUUUGCCAUCAAUGAUGAGCCGCUCGUUGGCUAUGAGGGCAGCAAUCUGUGCGAACAGGUCCUGAUCAGUGUGCUCCGUCUGCUCAAAUCUGAGGCGGCUGACUAUGGCAAGCAUUUACCGCACUACUUUAGCCUCUUCAGCAUGUAUGUGGGCCUGGGCACACGCGAGAAGCAGCAGCUACUCAAGCUGAACGUGCCCGUCCAGUUUAUGCAGGUGGCCAUGGAUGACGGACCCGGUCCAUCGAUUAAGUAUCAGUAUCCCGAGUUCAGUAAGCUGCAUCAGGUUGUCUCGCAUCUGGUGCGUUGCAGCGAUGUCAGCGAUAAAUGCCAGAGCUCCAAUCAGAAUGGUCGACCACUGCCCAAUCCGUACAAGGAUGCGAGCAUUGCCCAGGAGGAGAUGACGCCGCUCUCCAGUGAGUGCAUGGAUAUACUCUUCAAUCGCACCAGCUACAUCAAAAAGGUGAUCGAGGACACCAAUGUGGGCGAUGAGGGAUUGAAACUGUUGCAGUAUUGCAGCUGGGAGAAUCCACACUUCUCGCGUGCCGUGCUCACUGAACUGUUGUGGCAAUGUGGCUAUGCCUAUUGCCACGAUAUGCGGCACCACACAGAUUUGCUGCUGAACAUCCUAUUGAUUGAGGAUUCGUGGCAACAUCAUCGCAUCCACAAUGCACUCAAUGGUGUCGCCGAGGAGCGCGAGGGUCUGUUGGACACGAUACAGCGGGCGAAGACGCAUUAUCAGAAGCGUGCCUAUCAAAUAAUCAAAUGUUUAACGCAACUGUUCCACAAGUCACCGAUAGCGUUGCAAAUGUUGAACACAAAUCCAACAAUUAGUCGGCAUUGGAGCGUGGCCGUUGAAUGGCUGCAGGAUGAGCUGGAACGACAACGUGGCAUUGGCUGCCAAUACAACUCCUAUUCGUGGUCACCGCCCGCGCAGAGCAAUGAUAAUACCAAUGGCUAUAUGCUGGAACGUUCGCAAUCGGCCAAGAACACAUGGUCGAUGGCCUACGAACUGUGCCCGGAGGAGCAGGAUCAGGAGGAGAACAACGAGUCCGAUUUGGAGUCCAACGAUGACAACAAACAGCAAACGGAGCAGCAAGCAACCGCAGCAGCAACGCCAGCUGCAACUGCAAUUGGGACGGAUGCAACAACGCUCAAUGAGCAGCCGGAUAAUAAACUAACAACGACGAUCAUCCCAACAAUUGGUGGCUGGCCGGGACCGGCACCCAGCUCAUCAACGCCAACCUCAGCGUCAACGCUGCCAGCGGGCACCUGCUCCAGCUCCACCUCUUCCUCGGAUGUUGUUGGUGGCAGUGGCAAGUCGAGACUCUCGCGUCAACUGUUCAACGCCUAUGCCUCGACGGGUGGCGUAAAUGUGGCAGCAACAAGUGCCGGUGGCAGCGGCGGCAACAGUGAAACCGAGAGCAGUGCCCAGGAGACGGGCGGCAACAACACGGAGUCCAACAUAAAUGGACUCACCAAUAGCUUGGAUCACAUUAAAAUCUCCAUGGAAAAGUCGUCGCAUCGGAAAGAGCGAAGAAGGUCAUUGAAGAAAAAGAUUGUGUUUGGAAAUGCGGAAGAGGAGGAGGAGGAGGAGGAGGAAGCCGACGAAAUGGUAACAACAACAGAGGCAACAACAACUACAGCAGCACCAACAACAGUGUCUAGCGUCACAACAGCAACAACAACAACAGGAACAACAGCAGCGGUAACAGUUGCUGUUGACUCCACAACAACAGCACUAAUAACAUUAACAGACACAACAACAACGGCAGCCAAUAACAUAACAGCAGCGACAACAUCCACAGCAACAACAACGGGAGCGGCUAAGCUCAACUCAACAGUGGAAAAAAACUUAAUUUAAAAAAAAUGCAUGAAAAACCAACUGAAACGUUUUUUUGCAAUAAAAAAUAAAAUACUAAUCGCAAAAAUGAAUAAUAACAAUAUUAACAACAACAAUAACAACUUGUGAGCAACCAACAAAUGGUUUUUAGUGGGGCAACAAAUAUUUAAAAACAGAGAGAGACUUAAAAUUAAAAAAAAAAAAUAACAUUUAACAGCCACAAAAGCGCUUAAAACAGCAAAAACAAUAAGCGAUAAGCGAUAAACAAUAAACGAUUAAAUAGGACGAAGUCAGAGGCGGGCAGAGCAAGAGGAACAGAAUAAAGUAUGGGAAAAAUAUAUAGGAAUUAUUAAGUGAACAGAAAUGGUGUUUAAAUAGUUAUCGUACUUUAUAAUUAACUAAAAACAAAAAUUACAAAAAUUGACUCACAAAAAAAAAACAUUACCCCCUUUCCCCUGGUUUAAGUUGCACGAAAUAUGAUUGUAUUUAUAUAUAGUAUAUAUAAAUGAUGUAUUACGCAUUGAAAGCGAGCAAUCUAAACAACUGGAACUAACAAAAAUAAUAUUUAAAAAAAACAAUACACAAAUACAUACAAACAUAAAUACAUACAUACAAAUUACAUAUUUAGGUAAGAAAGUAAAAAAAAACGGCAGUUUUGUUGUCUGAAAAAGGCUCAGCUGGAAACAAUUUUUGAUUAAGGCAAGCAACAAAAAUUAACAAACCAAAUUGCAUCUACUCAUGCCACAUGCCACAAGUGUCGCCCCCUCAAAGCGUUUCCCCAAAAAUCCGUUGAAAUACGAAAGAAAAAUAUAUAUAUAUAUGAAAUUUAAAAAAAAACAGUAUAAAAACUUCAGAGAUGAUAGACAAAUGUGGACUAUAUAAAAAAAUGAAAAAACAAGAAAAAAUAAAAAAAGAGAGAGCAUAAAGUAAACUUGAUUAUGUUUAUACUAAGUAUAUAUAUAUAUAUUUUUAAUUAUUUAGUGUUUUUUGUAUUAAGUGAAAUUUGUUAAACAUUUAUUAAAUUAUUAUGUUUUAAGUUGCAAAAUAAACACGAAAUGUAAGCGAAUAAUUAUCCAUUCAUUAUUGUUU